AUGGUUUGGUGCGGGGAAGUAGAAAAGGGUAGUGAAGGAAGCUUAUCUCCUGCAAUUGGAAGGCUUUCUGAGCUUAAAAAGCUUUCUUUUGCCAAUAACUUGCUGGAGCCUCAAGGACCCAUUCCUCAAAGUUUGGGUUCUUUAUCAUCUUUACAAAUCCUUAACCUGCAUAACAAUUUUCUCCAUGUUAAGAUCUCGCAAACAUUAGUCAACAAUUCUAGCAAACUGCAUUCCUUAGAUGUGUCAGGAAAUUUCCUAGUAGGAAGAAUUUCUCCUUACAUUGAAAUACUACGAACUAAGAGGUUUCUAAGUGUUGCUAACAACAAUUUGGAAGGCCCUAUUCCAUGGGGACCUUGGUUCAAGUAUGGUGCUGACCCAAGUGCUUUCUCUGGUAAUACCAGACUCUGUGGCCGGCCACAAAACGCUUAUCCGAAUAGUAAAACAGCAACCUCUGAUUUGUGUUCUUCAGCGUCGUCAUCGUCUUCUUCUUCAAAGCUUUCGGCACAUGAUCAACUGGAGAAGCAACAAUCACAAAGCCUUCUUUCAAGUGUUUUAAAGAGGUCAAUUCCUGAAUCUUCACUCUCAACUGCUCCAAAAACGGGGAUUAUGUUAGAAGAUUUUGAUAAGUUACCUCCAUCUCUAGCACCAGCUCCAGCACCAAGAGCAAUCUCUGCAGUUAUUUGUUCAUUUGUGUAUAGAAUGCUCUUGUACUGUAUCCGUGAAAGACCCAAGUAUCAGGGUGCUAAGAUUUGCAGUUCCCUAAUUAAAAAGGCUAAGGAUUUAGCCUUCUUAAAUACAGAGGAUGGUCUCACAUUAGCAGAUCUCAUAGGAAAAUGGGGUUCUGGGGAAGCUUACAGGACACAGCUUCAAUAUGGCACGGAAAUUGCCAUUAGGAAAAUUGCUCAACCAUCUCUCAAUUCAACAGAUAUAUCAGAUGAAGACACAAAGCUCCAGAAUUUUAUACUUUAG